AUGCCGAAGUCUACCCCUUCUACCCCUGCUGUUUCUACUGGACCAACGACGCCGUCUCGUCCAGCCACUCGGGCGCGCCCAGCGACGGACACCCAGCCCCCUCCUCCCGCUGGCCCCGACGCGGAUGAUCCCUCAGACGUCGAAAUGGACGAGCUCCACCGUCAAUUCGACGACGAAGGACUCAUAGCCGCAUUCGCUGAGACGGAAAAUAAUGCGACCCCCACCAAAGGGAAACCUAGCCUCCAAGCUCGCAACCCUCCCCCGGGACCCGAGCGCAGCCCAGAGGACCGUCAUGCCAGUGCGAAACGCCGCCGCACGGAUGAGAUGACGGACCGCCCAGAGGGCGGGGCACCCCAAAUCCCCUCGGAGCCCUCGAACACUGGCGGCGAGCGAGGCGCCGAUCAGCCGGAGCCUGACGCUGCUUGCCCCCCUCCCGACGACCCUGCUGAUGCCAGCCACCCCAACCGCGAUGACACGCCCGGAGCAGGGGGUAGCGGUGGCGGUGGAGGCGGUGGUGGAGGCGGUGGUGGAGGCGGUGGUGGAGGCGGUGGUGGAGGAGGGGGCGGAGACGACAACGGAAACGGUCGGGGCGGCCGGAAUGACCCCCAACCCCCUCGUCCUCAACCCGCCACGUACGCUACCCUUCCCCCCCAAGCAGACCGCAUUACGGGCGUCCACCCGAACUGGGGCCUCGAAUACAACGACCUCGAUCAACUCAACCUCCUCUACAACGUGCGGUCCCCUAUCAACCUUGUUCACGUCUACGGCUCUGGCUACAGCCAGAACAGACAGGACGACUGCCGUCAGAUCGCCGAGUUCCUCAGGACGGAACGAGGCGAAGCGAGGCCGCUCGUCGUCGCAGCGGAAGUCGACUUCCCCGAAAAUGCGCGCCUCCAUAGCGGCGCUCUGUUCGUACACGGUAUCUCCGGUGCAACCUCGACCUUCCUUACCGACGCACACAUGAUAUCCACCUCCGCUAUCACCUUCUCUGCGCACCCAUUCCCGCCUGCUUUCGAUAACUUCCAAUUCACUAUGACGAACGUCCAGUUUGACGAAGGGGACUCCCAGGGAGUCGCGGCCCUUGUCGCGGCCACCCUACGAGGAUCCGAUAUCUUCCGUCAGUUCUGCAACACGAACGUCGACAUGACCAUCUACAACAGCGCCCUCGCGGGCUUCGAGGCUACUAUCAACUCCGUCUACGCCCGACCCCUCCUCAUGACGAACCGUGGCGGGGCCCCCAGAAUCGACUGGAACAUCUUCGUGGCCAACGUAUCCCUGAUCCCCCACGUCCGCGACGAACAAAAUGCCAUCGUGCGCUCCCUCCGAUACACCGAUCUCAAUCACGGCACAGGCUACGCUAUCAACCACCCUCACUUCUGCAGGAUGUGCCGCUCCACAUCCCACCCCCACAACGUCUGCCCCUACCCGAGGAUGAACGGAUGGAGGGGACCGCAGCCGCGCGAACCGCAAGGAGCGGUACGCGGUGGAUUUAUGGGACACGGAACAGCUGGGCGAGGGGGCCGCGGAUGUGGUGCACGAGGUGGUGGCGCCCCGCGCGGUUCCUUUCGAGACUUUCGGGGCCAACACGCGCGUGGCGGUCGCGGCGGUAAUUGA